AUAUAUUUGUGUGUUUGUCGAUCUACCUAUCCACGUCCGUAUUUAUAUCCGUUUUGCCUUCCCUAACAGAUUAAAACAACACGAAAAGGGAACACACGAGGUACAUGAUUUCAUUGAACACCGAAUCACCAAGAAUGACAUCAUUAAUAGCGCACCGGCUUUAAUCACUUCAUACUCACCCCCAUCGACAUUCACACCCACACAGAGACACAAAUAUACACUCAUUCACAUCAUUACACACAAGUGUCACAAACACCCAUCCACGGCCUGCUAAUAAUCAAAUCUAACAUCCUCAUACACAUCCUAUGUUUUUGUUACACUCUCAUGCACAUGACACAUUUGUUCUAAUAACCUAUUGUUUCUGUGACUUCCACCAGACCCGCCCAGCAGGAGCAUCGGUCGUAAAGUAAUUUUUUGAAAAGCCAUCAUAUUCCUCAUAUUCAAAGUUCUGACAGAUGUCGACCAAACAAUGUUGUCACUUCAAAGCUGUCAUCUAAUCUUAAAGUCCAUAAUACUAAACGACCAGGUCUAACCAAUGUCUCUAAGUCUGACCCUUCACACAAUCCAAGCCAAACUCACCCACUGCAGAACAACUCCAUUGUUACCAUGGUAACACAGAUUGGUCAUUCUGUAGUUGAGGGAAAUGAUGCCAACCUCCGAGACUUCUAUAUUGGCCUCACUCUUGCCAUUUCUUCGAGUCUCUUCAUUGGAAGCAGCUUCAUCUUCAAGAAACUUGGCCUGCUGCGUCUUGCCACCCAUGCCAGAGCAGGUCAGGGUGGAUAUGGUUACCUACGAGAAUGGCUGUGGUGGGCUGGCAUGACACUGAUGUCCCUUGGUGAAAUAGCAAACUUUGCAGCAUAUGCUUUUGCACCUGCAACACUUGUCACCCCUCUUGGGGCUCUGAGUGUACUUGUGAGUGCAUUGCUGGCUUCUAGGGUUUUGAAGGAACACCUGAAUCUAUUGGGGAAGAUUGGAUGCACUUUGGCAAUUCUUGGUUCCACUAUAAUGGUUAUUCAUUCACCCAAAGAACAGGAAGUGGCUAGCAUGGAAGAACUAGAAGCAAAACUCAGACAACCAGUGUUUCUCAUCUAUGCAACCUUGGUGGCAUUUACCACAACUAUUCUCGUUAUCUACUACGUGCCUCAGUAUGGUAACAAAAACGUCUUUCUCUACAUUGGAAUCUGCUCACUGCUUGGUACUUUCACCGUGAUGGGCUGCAAAGGGCUGGGCGUGGCAAUGAAGCAGACCGUGUCUGGAGAGAUGAACAUCUUGCUGAACUGGUUGUCAUGGUUAUUGGUGAUAGUGGUCGCCACUUGUAUAGUGUUGCAGCUGAACUACCUCAACCGAUCAUUAGAUACAUUCAACACAGCAGUGGUCACUCCCAUUUACUAUGUCCUGUUCACGUCUUCAGUGAUGGUCGCCUCACUGAUCCUCUUCAAGGAAUGGGUCAAUAUGGCUGUGUUGGACAUUAUCGGCAACAUAUGUGGCUUCAUGACGAUCAUUGCCGGAAUCUUCCUACUCAACGCUUUCAAAGACAUGAACAUCAGCCUCAGUAAUUUGCCAAGUUCAAAGAAGGUCGACUACAAUCCGGCAAUCAAUCACCUCAACGACAGCAAGCUGAUCUCCAUCAAACACGAUGACUGUCAGAACUUGCUUCUGUCGCACACCAGCGACAUCAACUACAACUAUUAAACCACAUUUCUAUUUCCAUGACGCUCUCUGUCAUAUCUAGUGUUCAGUUUAUAUUUGGCUCUCUGUUUAACCACUGACCACUGGGGAGUACCCUCAACUGGUCACCGACAGUACCAUCUUCUGGUUGCUGGCUGUCAGCCUUUUGAAUGGUAAAUUUGAGCCAUGGUAGUUUCCACUGACUGACCGCCCUCAGGGUCAGUGAUAAGUGUUUAUUGUCAAAUGUCAUGAAACACUUGUUUGACGUGCACUGCCUACUGAACACUGGUCAGUGACCAGUACCUGCUGGUGGUCACUUGACCAGCAAUCACUUUGCAGAUCAUACUGGUCUGUGUCCAGCAGUUCCAGGCCACAGAUAUGUGGCUAGCAUCACCAGGACAGUAUCAGAGUCUAGUACAAUCAAGGCUCUGGUCAUUGUUCAGAACCACUAGGACACUGAUCAGAAGCCAAAAUUUGUCCUUGUUUAAAAAAAAGUCAAAAAAGAAAAAGAAAAUCUAGCAGCUCAUAUCUUGUUGCUCCCUGGAAAGUUCUAGAGAAAUGGAAAAAAAAAAAAAAAUGAGGAAAAGAAGAAAAACCAAUUUAUUCAAAUUUGUUAUAUUUAAUGAGAUAAAAUCUGGUCAUUGGUCAAUGUUGGAAGAGACACUGUCUCAAAUGUUGACCAUCUCAGUAUUUUACCAAAGAAUCCAUAUAUGUAUCAUAGAAAUCUUACAACAGAAAGUAAAAUAAAACUACACACACACACACACACACACACACAUAUAUAUCCGACAUUUAUGUCUGUGUGUAUGUGUAUAUAUAUAUAUAUAUAUUCGACAUUUACAUGUAUAUAUGUAUAUGUAUAUAUUCGACAUUUACAUGUGUAUAUAUGUAUAUUUAUAUAUGUUAAAUGAUAUAUAUUAUGUGUAUCUAAUUAAAGGUGCACUAAUACAGUGUGUACAUUUAUAUUCAGUCUGAUUUUGUAAACUCAAACACGGUAAUACUUUUAUUGUGAGUGAACACUGAUAUAUUUAAUACAAAUGUACACAAAUUUUAAUACAAUAUGUAUGUAUGUGUGUGUGUGUGUGUGUGUGUAUUAUGUGUGUCAGUGGAGUGAAUGUGCCUAUGUGUUUGUGCAUAUACAGGGUGGCCCAAAAACAGGUUUACAGUUAUUACGUAGGCACUUUAAAUUUCUUUUAAAACACUUUAUUACAUUUAAAUUUCUGUCUUACAAACUGAAAAGGGAGCUUAACAAAAUUAACUAAAUUAGCAUAGAAUAAUGUUUUCAUAUUUUUUUUUUAUAAUUAAGAUCUAAACUGUUAAUAUACAAAUGCAAAAGAGAUAGUUGAAUAACUGUAAACC